AUGGAGGGUGCAAAACCAGCUUCUAUACCAUGUGCAUCAGGAGGCAAACUCUCACGAUUUGAUGGAGAUCCCUUGGCUGAUCCUACAGAUUAUAGACAUAUGGUGGGUGCUUUACAAUAUUGUACGCAUACAAGGCCUGACAUUGCCUAUAGUGUCAAUCAAUUAUGUCAGUUUCUUCAUGCACCAACUACACUUCAUCUCACUGCCGCCAAGCCUGUAUUACGCUAUCUCAAAGGUACAACUACUUAUGGAUUGCAUUAUACAAAAGGUUCUUUGCAACUUAAUGGAUAUUGUGACUCGGAUUGGAUUGGAAGUCCUGAUGAUCGAAAAUCUACUACGGGUUAUGGAGUAUAUCUUGGUCCAUGUCUUAUUUCUUGGGCUGCUAAGAAACAAGCUGUGGUUGCAAAAUCCAGUACUGAAGCUGAGUAUAGGUCUAUGGCUCUUGCGGUUGCUGAAAUGUAUUGGCUUCGCAUGUUUUUUAAAGAGUUAACCAUUCCACUUGUUAAUUGA